UAGGGACCGUUUGUGCUUUCUGAGUCUGUUGUUACCGCCUGCGAUGUGUGCUUUGUGAAAUGUGUUGUGUAUAUGUAAUUUUAUAGCUUAAAAUUACACAAGGUUUUUUCUGUGUGUUCAGAGACAUGUAAGGUGCGUGUAUGUGCAUUUUCGUUUUUCAGCUGGGGUUUUUUUCCUGUGGGUUUGCAGUGCGUUGGUGCAAUUUCGGCUCAUUGCAGCCUUUGCCUUUUAAGCAGUCCUCAUGCUUCAGUUUCUCAUGUAGCUGGGAUUAGAGGUUCGCAGCCAGGCCUUGCUAGUUUUUGUGUAUUUAGUAGAGAGGAGAUUACGUUGGCCAGGUUGGUUUCGAGCUCUUGGCCUCAAGUGAUCUACCCGAGCUGGGAUUACGGGCGUGAGCCACUGCGCCUCCUGGUUUAGGGGAUUUCAAUUUUCGUAUUUCUUGGUGCUUUUUGGUCUUCUGGAGGACUAGUAUUUUUUUCUUGAUAGGAAUUUAUGUUGAUGCAGUUAACUCCUUGGGCCAAACAGCACUUUUUGUUGCGGCGUUAUUGGGCCUUAGGAAAUUCGUUGAUGUUCUGGUGAAUUAUGGAUCAGAUCCAAAUCAGUUGCCUUGUAGAAUGGGAGCCCUGUGUUGCACACUGAGGCCCGCUCCAUGGAAUGCAGGAGCAUUGCCAUGGACAUCCAUUGUACCCAUCUCCCUCCCCAGCCGCUGCUUUGAUGGGAGCACCCCUGUCCAUGCAGCAGCAUUUUCGGGCAAUCAGUGGAUCCUUAGCAAACUGCUGGAUGCAGGAGGUGACCUGCGACUCCACGAUGAGAGGGGUCAAAACCCGAAGACUUGGGCUUUGACAGCAGGAAAGGAGCGUAGCACCCAGAUAGUGGAGUUCAUGCAGCGCUGUGCCUCACACAUGCAGGCCAUCAUCCAGGGCUUCUCUUAUGACCUCCUGAAGAAGAUAGACUCCCCGCAGCGGCUUGUCUACAGCCCACCCUGGUUUGGGGGCCUCGUGCAGGGAAACCCUAAUGGCUCUCCUAACCAACUGCUUAAAGCUGGAGUCAUUUCUGCUCAAAAUAUCUACAGCUUUGGUUUCGGGAAGUUUUAUCUUACUGGGGCGACACAGAUGGCCUAUUUAGGAUCUCUUCCGGUCAUUGGAGAAAAGGAAGUGAUUCAAGCUGAUGAUGAGCCCACCUUCUCUUUCUUCAGCAGCCCCUACAUGGUCAUGACCAACCUAGUGUGGAAUGGGAGCAGGGUCACAGUGAAAGAGCUGAAUCUCCCCACCCACCCACACUGCAGCAAGCUGCGGCUGGCCGACUUGUUAAUUGCUGAGCAGGAACACAGCAGCAAGCUGCGGCACCCCUACCUGCUACAGUUGAUGGCUGUGUGUCUCUCCCAGGACUUAGAGAAAACCCGCCUUGUGUACGAGCGCGUCACUAUCGGCACAUUGUUCAGUGUCCUUCAUGAACGACGGUCCCAGUUUCCAGUGCUGCACAUGGAGGUGAUUGUGCACCUGCUGCUCCAGAUAUCUGAUGCCCUGAGAUACCUGCAUUUCCAGGGGUUUAUCCACCGCUCCCUCAGCUCCUAUGCUGUCCACAUCAUCUCCCCAGGUGAAGCGAGGCUGACGAACCUGGAGUAUAUGUUGGAAAGCAAGGACGGAGGUGUACAGAGGGACCUGACUCGAGUGCCCCUUCCUAUGCAGCUAUACAACUGGGCCGCACCAGAAGUGAUCCUACAGAAGGCAGCCACAGUGAAGUCAGACAUCUACAGCUUUUCUAUGAUCAUGCAGGAGAUUUUAACAGAUGACAUACCCUGGAAUGGCUUAGAUGGCUCAGUUGUUAAAAAAGCCAUAGUCUUGGGGAAUUAUUUAGAAGCUGAUGUCAGGCUUCCGAAACCUUACUAUGAUAUUGUUAAGUCAGGCAUCCACGUCAAGCAGAAAGACCGAACUAUGAACCUUCAAGAUAUCCAGUAUUUUCUGAAGAAUGACUUAAAGGAUUUUACUGGAGCCCAGAGAACUCAACCAACCGAGAGCCCCAGAGUGCAGAGAUAUGGACUCUAUCCCGAUGUCAAUGUCUAUCUAGGACUGACUUCAGAACACCCCAGAGAGACCCCUGACAUGGAAAUCAUAGAGCUAAAGGAAAUGGGCAGUCAACCUCAUUCACCAAGGGUUCACUCUUUAUUCACCGAGGGGACACUAGAUCCUCAGGCCCCAGAUCCAUGUCUGAUGGCCAGGGAGACUCAGAAUCAAGAUGCUCCUUGCCCUGCUCCAUUUAUGGCAGAAGAGGCCAGCAGCCCCAGCACAGGUCAGCCAAGCCUCUGCAGUUUCGAAAUCAACGAGAUCUACUCAGGCUCCUUGACUUUGGAAGAUGACAUAGAAGAGCCUCCAGGAGCUGCUUCAUCUUUGGAGGCAGAUGGACCUAACCAGGUAGAUGAACUGAAAUCCAUGGAAGAAGAGCUGAAUAAGAUGGAGAGAGAGGCGUGUUGUUUUUGCAGUGAGGAUGAGAGCUCUUCAAAAGCUGAGACAGAGUACUCUUUUGAGGACUGGGACUGGCAAAGUGGUUCACUCAGUUCACUCAGCCUUCCCGAGUCAAUCAGAGAAGCCAAGAGCAAUUUGAAGAACAGGUCCAGGGCUGAGGAGUAUCUCAUCAGUAAGUGUGUGCUGGAUCUAAAGAUUAUGCAGACAAUAAUGCACGAGAACGAUGAUAGGCUGAGGAAUAUCGAGCAGAUAUUAGACGAAGUUGAGAUGAAACAGAAGGAGCAGGAAGAGCGCAUGUCUUUAUGGACCACUUCAAGAGAGUUUACAAAUGCCUACAAGUUACCUCUGGCCGUGGGCCCUCCAUCUUUAAACUAUAUUCCUCCUAUCCUACAGCUUUCAGGGGAUCAGCAGCCAGACACCAGUGGCAACUGCCCAACCCUACCAAGAUUUCCAAGAAUGCUGCCGACUCUUUGUGACCCUGGAAAACAGAACACAGAUGAACAAUUUCAGUGCACUCAAGGAGCCAAGGACAGUUUGGAAAGAAGCAGGAUCCAAAAUACCAGUAGCCAGGGAAGACCUAGAGAGUCCACUGCCCAAGCCAAAGCCACACAGUUUAAUAGUGCACUCUUCACUCUGUCAAGCCACCGGCAGGGACCUUCUGCGUCACCCAGCUGUCACUGGGACUCUACCAGGAUGAGUGUGGAACCUGUUUCUUCUGAAAUCUAUAAUGCAGAGUCCAGAAAUAAAGAUGAUGGAAAAGUACACUUAAAAUGGAAAAUGGAGGUGAAAGAAAUGGCAAAGAAAGCAGCUACUGGACAGCUCACAAUACCUCCUUGGCAUCCUCAGAGUAGUCUGACUUUAGAGAGUGAGGCUGAAAAUGAGCCUGACGCCCUGCUGCAGCCCCCCAUUAGGAGCCCGGAAAACACGGAUUGGCAGCAAGUUAUUGAGUAUCAUAGGGAAAAUGAUGAGCCCAGAGGAAAUGGCAAGUUUGACAAGAUGGGCAACAAUGACUGUGACAGUGACCAGCAUGGCACUGGAAGCUUCAUCAGUAUCAGGCACCCAUCUCCCAGACAAAAGGAGCAACCAGAGCCUAGUGAAGCCUUUCAAGCAAGUUCUGACACAUUGGUGGCUGUUGAGAAACCUUACAGUCAUCAGUCCAUGCAAUCAACUUGUUCACCAGAGUCUUCUGAAGACACAACAGAUGAAUUUUUAACUCCAGACGAAUAUUUUUACUCCUCGACUGCUCAAGAAAACUUAGCUCUAGAGACCUCGAGUUCCACAGAAGAGGACUUUGAAGGAAUACAAGGUGCAUUUGCCCAACCUCAAGUCUCUGGACAGUACAGUGGUGGGAAGGAAAAUGGAUACUGGCCCUGCCUGCCUGGAGGUCUGCAAAGCAAAGGAUGCUCUGUCUGCCCCCUUCUCUAUAAACUAGGACAGUACAGUGGUGGGAAGGAAAAUGGAUACUGGCCCCGCCUGCCUGGAGCAAAGCAUCUUACUGAGAACUGGGGAGGAGUAACUUCAGAUAACUUGAUGCCAGGAAGAACAGAAGACAGUUGGAUUAGCUCCUCAGUACUCAAGACCCCACCCCGCCCCUACUCUUUAGGUGAGGAAAAGUUCCAAAUGAGAAAAACUCUUGGAAAGAAUGCUGAGAUUUUGCCCAGGUCUCAAUUUCAACCUAUACGAAGUACUGAAGAUGAACAAGAAGAGACAUCAAAGGAGUCACCAAAGGAACUGAAAGAGAAAGACAUAUCAUUGACAGAUAUUCAAGACCUGUCUAGUAUCUCCUAUGAAUCAGACAGCUCUUUUAAGGAAGCUUCAUGCAAAACACCCAAAAUAAACCAUGCACCUACCAGUGUCAGCACUCCACUCAGCCCAGGGUCCGUUUCUUCAGCUGCCAGUCAGUAUAAAGACUGCCUUGAAAGUAUCACAUUUCAGGUCAAGACAGAGUUUGCCUCUUGCUGGAACAGUCAAGAAUUUAUUCAUACUUUGUCUGAUGACUUUAUAAGUGUCCGAGAGAGAGCAAAGAAACUGGAUUCUCUCCUUACUUCCUCUGAAACUCCCCCUUCAAGACUGACUGGUCUUAAAAGAUUGUCUUCAUUUAUUGGGGCUGGAUCCCCCAGCCUUGUUAAGGCAUGUGACUCAUCACCACCCCAUGCCACCCAGAGAAGGAGCCUGCCUAAAGAACUGGUAGAAGCCUUCUCACAGCAUCACAUUGAUGAGCUGCCACCACCAUCUCAGGAGCUACUUGAUGAAAUUGAGCUCUUGAAACAGCAGCAGGGCUCAUCCACGGUGUUGCAGGAGAACACAGCAAGUGAUGCAGGAGGCACUGCAAAUGAUCAAAGGCACUUAGAAGAACAAGAAACUGACAGUAAAAAAGAAGAUAGUAGUAUGCUUUUGUCCAAAGAAACUGAAGAUCUUGGAGAGGACACAGAGAGAGCUCACUCUACUCUGGAUGAGGACCUGAAAAGAUGGCUGCAGCCACCUGAGGAGAGCAUGGAGCUACAAGACCUUCCCAAGGGCUCUGAAAGGGAGACAAAUAUCAAAGAUCAAGAAGUUGGUGAAGAGAAAAGAAAAAGGGAAGAUAGCAUCACACCAGAGAGAAGGAAAUCAGAGAGUGUUUUAGGGACUUCUGAAGAAGAUGAACAAAAACCCUGUUUUUGGAAGCGACUAGGUUGGUCCUCAUCAUGCAGGAUAAUCGUGCUGGAUCAGAGUGACUUGGCAGACUGACUGGAAUUGGAUCAUAGAUGGACUCCUGGCCUGAGUUUGUGUGUCCUGGUUGUAAGCUCCUUUCUUCUCUUUCUGCUUCAGUUGCUAUCAGGGCAGCAAUUCCAGUUCUGUAAGUCCCACUUUGUUCAGCUGCCACAAUAGACAUCAUCGUUUGGCCCUCUCUGUUAGCAGCACAUUCAACCAUUUGUUUUCAGUCAGAUUUCUGAAAAGUGAGAGGUAGUUUUGAUUGUAAAAAUUUUUGGUUGUGCCUAGAAUGGCUUUGGUUUUGUUGAUGUUAAUUUUCAAAAACUUUAACUCUUGUUAUAUAAUAAAAUGUUUAAUUUUAAUAAUAGA